GUCCCCCAUUCGCCCUGUCAGCUCUCCUCAAUCGACUCCUUCAGGUGGUCACAAGCCGGAGUCAGGUGUUUGUCCCGACAACCUCCUCGUCCUCCCCUGCUGGCCCUUCCGUGAUAACCGAACUGCAGCGCGCUCAUUUAGAUUUUUUUAUUUGCCGUUCGCUGUUCGUUCUCUUGCUGCUGAAUCAAUUGUCACAGUUGGGCCCGCCAAUUGUUUGCCCAGUUGGAGUAGUUGCGGCAUCGGAGACGCCUAUCUCGAGAUCCCCCGAUCCCCGAUUCCCGACCGCCAACCGCCGAAUUAGCACUACGAUUGUCACACAUCACAAAGGCAUGCGAUAGCGGUUAUAUAGCACCAAAGCAAACAUGCCGGACUCUAUUAAGAAUUCACCUCCGCCGAUACAGCACUUGGGGACAUCACCCGGCUCCAAUCGCGGCCGCUCCUAUGAUCGCGCCGAGUCCACCGCCCGCCUCGCUUCCCCGGUAGCGCUUGGAACGUCUCCUGCGGUCCGCUCACAACAAUCGGUGGCCGAUGAUUCCAGCAGCGGCGGUUUGACUCCCCUUCCCGGCGCCGGCUCGCACGUUGCUGGCCCAGGCGUCUCGGCCCUCGCCGCCGCGCUGUCCAAUUCCCUGGGCGCGUCACCGCCUCGGUUCGGCACGCCGCCUGUCCGCACAGCCUCUCCCGCCCUCGUUCCCUUCAACGCCCCGGCCUCCGGGACGCCUACAAACUACGGCUCGUUCGAUGGGAGGAAACAAUGGGGUGGCGCGUAUGAGGAUCCGGAAAUCAUCAAGAGGCACUUGGUGCAGCCCGGCGACGGGUCGUCAGAGGAUGUAACGAGGAGGGGUAGCGAUGGGUCCAAGGGCAAACAGGCCGCCGCCUCGGCGCAGCCUGACCUGGACGAGGGGUUCUCGAGCCUGCAAUUACAAGGAGGGGACAUCACGCGACCUAUCUAUAAGUGGACUGCCGAGGUGGACCAGCGGGGCAAGAUGCAGCGCAGCAAGAGUUUCAGCGUCGUGAGGCCGGACCCGGAGACCCAGGAGCUUGAUAUUAACAAUAUCAAGGUCCCCGGAGGGUUCCGCCGCAACUUCAUCCGAAGGGCCGCGAGGGAUGGCGAAGAAGUGGAGUAUGGUUCGGGUAGUAGCCAGAACCAGGCGCAACCUCAGCUCUUUACGAACAACUUCCUCGAGUUCUUGAGUUUGUACGGUCAUUUCGCUGGCGAGGAGCUCGAAGAAGACGACGAAAUGUUGAAUCCCGGCGAAUAUUUCACCUCUGGCAGCGAGAGCGACGUCUACGAGUCGGGCUCGGACGAGGAGCCCAUGGAGGAGAGCGCGCUGUUGACACCGUCACGGCGCAAGAGGAGGAGGAAGCACCGCGGAGGCAGCGGCCAAAACAGCCCCAUGAACGCGGCACUGCUCCUCCUCAAGUCCUUUGUCGGAACCGGUGUCCUGUUCCUCCCCCGCGCGUACCUGAACGGCGGCAUGCUCUUCAGCAACUUGGUCCUCCUCUUCGUGGCGGCGUUGAGUUACUACUGCUUCGUUUUGCUCGUCACGACGAGGCUAAAGGUCGACGGCUCCUUUGGCGACAUCGGCGGCAUCCUCUACGGAAAGUGGAUGAGGAACCUGAUUCUGGCUUCCAUCGUCAUCAGUCAGCUGGGUUUUGUCGCGGCCUACAUUGUCUUUACCUCGCAGAAUCUACAAGCGUUCAUUCUUGCCGUGACCGACUGCAAGACCCUGAUCCCCGUCACCUGGCUCAUCAUCAUGCAAAUGGUGGUGUUCCUACCUUUCUCCCUCCUCCGCGACAUCGGAAAGCUCGGCUUCACCGCGCUAAUCGCCGACGCCUUCAUCAUCAUCGGCCUGGCCUACCUCUUCUACUACGACGUCCUCACGCUCAACACGAAGGGGCUCGCCGACAUCGUCAUGUUCAACCAGAAGGACUGGACUCUCUUCAUCGGCACGGCCAUCUUUACGUUCGAAGGAAUCGGCCUUAUCAUCCCCAUCCAGGAGUCGAUGCGCCACCCCCAGAAGUUCCCCAAGGUCAUGUUCGUCAUCAUGGUCAUCAUCACCACGCUCUUUGUGGUCAUGGGCGCCAUCUCGUACGCCGCCUACGGGUCCAAGACGGAGACGGUGGUGCUGCUCAACCUGCCGCAGGACGACAAGCUCGUCAACGGCGUCCAGUUCCUCUACUCGCUCGCCAUCCUGCUGUCCACGCCGCUGCAGAUCUUCCCGGCCAUCCGGAUCACGGAGAACGCGCUGUUCACCAAGAGCGGCAAGUACAACCCGUACAUCAAGUGGCAGAAGAACGGCUUCCGCUUCCUCGUCGUGGUGCUGUGCGCGUUCGUCGCGUGGUGCGGCGCGGAUAACCUGGACAAGUUCGUGGCGCUGGUCGGCAACUUUGCCUGCAUCCCGCUGGUGUAUAUCUACCCGCCGAUGCUGCACUACAAGGGAGUGGCCAAGUCUGCGCUCCGGCGGUGGUCCGAUAUUUUGCUCUGCAUCUUUGGCGUCAUCGCCAUGGCGUACACGACCAGCCUGACGGUCAUGAGCUGGGCCAACAGCCCCGGUGGCGGCCUGCCAACCCAUUGCGAGGAUAAGGGACUAUAAAUGGGACGGGACGGGGCGAGGAAAGAGCGAGGGGAGCGCCUUGUGUAGGUAUAUUUGACGCCUUGGGUUGCGGUUCUUUUUCUUAUCUUCUUCUGCGGUUGUGAGAUAGGUACCGUUCUUGAGCAUGGAACUUCCUGGCGUUUUUAUUUGCAUGGGCGGAGCUGGAUUUCAGGGCAAGCUUUUUUGGUUAUUUCAGGGGUUCUGUAUGUUGGUAUAGAUGGGUAGAGGAUACACGAUUGGCGCGAGUGGUUGAGGAGAUGGAUGGUCGAGAGGGGUCACGAGCGUGAGUACAGCGAGUUUGAGUACAGCGAGUUUGAGUACAGCGAGUUUGAGUAUAGCGAGCGAAAGUACAGCGGAGGGCUCAUGCCAGCCAGCUAGCUGUGCAUGGUAUAGCGAAGACAAAGUAGAAUGUGCGUGUCUUGUCUUG